UCCUCUUCGGCGCCAGUUCCUGCUUGGGCUGCCGACCUGGUGGGAUCCCGGUGGGCGAUGCUCGCCCAGGCACCGGUUCCGCUGCUGCUGCUGCUGCUGAGCGGGCUGGGCUCGUGCCGGGGCGCCCACCCGGCAGGGCGGCCGCCGCACUUGGUGUUUGUGCUGGCCGACGACUUAGGCUGGAACGACGUGGGCUGGCAUGGCUCGGAGAUCCGGACGCCGAACUUGGACGCCUUGGGGGCGGGCGGCGUUCGCCUGGAGCGCUACUACACGCAGCCGUUGUGCACCCCGUCCCGCAGCCAGCUGCUCACCGGGAGGUACCAGGCAGUGGGUUCAGGAGAGCCUUUUGAGAAUCCCGAGCUUCCCAGCUGAACUCCCCAGCUGUCAUGCUUGGUCUCUCGCUCAGUGGCGACCAAUAUUUGCGAAGUAGGGCUGUCUUGAGAAGCAUCUGAACUUGUGGCUGGAGGAACUCAACUCUUUCCGUGUGCAAAUGACGAGGAAGAGUCGUUUGCGUGUGUAUUUGGGUUCAGCACACGUGACCAGACACUAUCCUGCACGGAACUGAUUGUACAGUACUGUAUGUUGUU